UGGCAACCGGCUUUCCAAGAUGGCGGCCGCGCGCGCUCGGCAGUGACGUGUCCAGCGGGCGUUAGUGACGUGCCCCGCUGCUUUGGCUUGGAGGGGGAAGAGAAGAAGUGCGGAAGGGAAGGGAGGCUGAUGCGGCAAGAGGAUGUAAUUUGUCGUAGGCUGCAGUCAAGUGGUCAAGCUAGAGCCUCGUUACAUUCCAAGUUUGCUGCUACAUAUAUUAGAACUAAAUCUCCCUUGCUGAAGCUGAGAGAUGGAGCCCCCUGAAGUUACCAUCAUCGAGGGUGUGGGGGAUGAAGUGACAGUGGUGGUUGGUAUUGUGGUCCUCGGCAUGGCCCUUGUUCUGGCCUGGCUUUCCACAUACGUUGCAGAUGGGAACAACCACUUGCUGGGAACUGUGGUGGCUGCUGAUCGUUCAUCCAGGAUCCACCUGAACCCCAUCGAGCGCUACGUGGGGAAUUCAGCGUCGGAGCAGUCGGAGCCCCAGGGCGCUACAGAAGUAGCCGAAGAGAAGGCUGAUGAAGGGGCUGCUUCUGGGUCAGGCCUAACAUUUGAGCAAGGAGAGAGCAGUGGAGCAGAGGCCACCUUAGAUGAUCUGCUGGACAUUCAGGGUCUGCCUCAAAGGACUUUUUCUCCUUACGUUGGUUCCCAGGAGAACCAGAGGGUUCCACAAACAGUACCUGCCAAGGAGGAGAGUCAACCAAACACAGGGCUUAUCAAAGUGCGCCUCAAGUUCCUCAAUGACACUGAAGAGGUGGCCAUUGUGAAGCCUGAAGAUACCAUCGGCAUCCUCAAGAGCAAGUACUUCCCAGGCCAGGAAAGUCAGAUGAAGUUUAUCUACCAGGGCCAGCUUCUCCAAGACCAGGCUCGGACUCUCCGCUCCCUCAACAUCCUGGACAACUGUGUGAUCCACUGCCAUCGCUCUCAGACCACUGCUUCUGCCACGCCUGAUACUGGGGCCACACCCUCAGAAACUGGGGGCAUGGCGUUGAGCAUGGGCAACUUGAUGAUUCCGGCCUUUAUGGUGAUGCUGGUGAUCAUCUGGUAUUUCCGUAUCAACUACCGCCAGUUAUUUACAGCCCCUGCUACCAUUUCUUUGGUUGGGGUGACUGUGUUCUUUAGUUUUCUCGUUUUUGGAAUGUACGGACGAUGAGCUGCAACUGGAGAGGAGGGAGAGAUCCCAGUUGGUUGCUCAUUGUUUUGUACUUUCACUUGUUAAUACUCUGUAACAAGGAAAGCACUUUGUCUAGAAAGUCUACAUUGAUUGAAGGAAAAUAUCCACAGACCCUUUGCUUUAAAAUUUUUACUUGAUCUCAAUCUUUUCUGUAGUCAUAACAUUUGGAGACUUUUGAAGACUGUAGAAGAGUAAGGCAACGUGGAUUGCUCUGCUCUCCCUCUACCGAACCAAACAGUUCUGUGACUCGGUCAUUAGAAGCAUUGCUCUCAUGUUCUUUGGCUUCUAUGUUUUUAGGAAAAACUUGAUACAGUUGCUGUGAUUUUCUUGAUCAUUUGGAAGAUUUGGAACUCUUGAAGCCUAUUGUAGAGAGCCAUUGUACUGAAAUGCAGUUCCUUCCCUUUUGGUCUUUGCCAUCUUCUAAGCCCUGCAGUACAACAAAGGGGCAUUCAACUUCAAAUAUCUGGCAAUAUAUUUGUUGCUGCAUUGGGAAGCAUGGAAGGAAUAAUUUUGAUAUGUCCAUUUUCUGCCCAUUCCACUGUGACCAAUUACAUAGUACUUAUGUAGGCUUUUUCCAUAAAUGCCAGUGUAUAACUCCUUUCAUCCUCUGUUGGAGUUGAACAAAUGGAACAUGUGCCUUUUCCUCCAAGCACCAAGAGAUGUGCAUGUUGGAAGUAGGUAUUAGUGAGCUAUCUUAUGAAGACUAUUUUCCAUACUGAGUGGGCUCUGUAUUUAGAUACUUGUCCACCCCUUUGCUCUAGAACAAAGGACCUAAGCAUUUGGCUGUUUCCCUCAGGAACACAGCUAAUAAACCAAGGCAUGGUGCACCUCUUGCUGGCUAAAGGAAGAGUAUCAGCUGCGCUUGAACCUCCUGUCUAGUUUUCUAACCACACCAUACAGCUUUUGGUUGGGUGCAUGCUGGCGUGCCCCUACCCUGUCAAGCUAGAGAUAUAUCUGGCUGAUGGCAUUUGGAUUUGUCAACACUGUCCAUUGGAGGGGGUUAUGAUUUUUCUUCUUCUUUGUACCAAACAUGCUUAGUACAUUCUGAAAGUAUUAAAGCCAAAGGUACCUCCAUGGAGUUUACUACAACUUUGAGAGAAUAAGCUAGAAGGCACACUGCUGAAGUAGAUUCUCCAUCUUGUCUUUUAUAAAAGAAAUGCUGCUGUAAGCAUUUGAGGACUGGAAGACCUGAAACAUAUAAGCUAAAUCACCCAAGAAAGGACUCCACCCAGUUUGUGGGUUACCGUCUCUCAACUAUUUAAACUUGUGUUUCAAGGGCAAGAAUUAUAUUUCUAGGCCUCAUUGUUGCAGACAGAAACUUGAACUGAAUAGGAAGCUACAUUUUUGAUUAUCAGUGCCAAGUAAAUUUCCUGCUCCUGCUCAAAACCUGUCUUAAACAUUCUUUUUAACUACUGCUUUAGCUUGUAAAAAUCAAGGCAUUUAUAAAAAGGUUGCCAAUAAUGACUCUUAAGUAAAUCUGUGCUUGACAUCUA